AUGCCACCAGCAAUGAAAGGACCUGUGUAUAGUGUGCAAGAUGUUCUUGCUAUCAUCCAAUAUGGAGAGAGUGACUUUGAGUUGGAUUCAGACGACAGUGAUGCAAGUGAUAGAGAAACAGAAGAAGAUGCCAGUGAAGUGGACAAAGAAAACCAACAACCCACUGAAAUCACUGACUGCCCAGAUGAUGAUUAUGAGGACAUUGAGCUACAACCAAAGAAACCGACCAUGCCCCGUGACCGGUAUCGCUGGCUGAAAAGGGAUUUUGUCAGUCCCAAUACUGAUUUUUCUGGUCCAGAUGUCACCAGUGGUGAUGUUUCCAGCCACACACCACUGGAGUACUUCCAGAGGUUCGUGUCAGAAGACAUGCUUCAGGCUCUGACACAAAACACAAAUGAGUACAGCUUUCAAAAGACUGGAAGAUCUGUUAAAACCAAUAAAAAAGAAAUCGAGAAAGUGAUUGGAAUUUACUUGAAGAUGGGCCUAGUUCAAAUGUCUGGAGUCAGUAUGUAUUGGGAGACAGCCCUGCGGUACAACCAAGUUUCAGAUGUGAUGUCAUGCAACAGAUUCCAAGAACUGCUUAGAUCGUUACAUUUUGUCAACAACUUGACAGUGCCAGAAAAGACAGACAAAUUGUGGAAACUAAGACCUUGGCUCGACUCAUUCAGAGAGAAGUGUCUGCAGGUUGUACCGGAAGAACACAACUCUGUGGAUGAGAUGAUGAUCCCUUUCAAGGGAAAAUUCAGCGGCAUAAAUUCAGCGUGGGGGUUCAAAUUAUGGGUGAGAAGUAGAAUCUCUGGCGUGGUCUGUGAUUUUGAGGUGUACCAAGGCAAUGUCAAUGGACAUCGAGCCAAAUCUGAACUUGGAUUGUCAGGGGAUAUUGUGAUGAAGCUUGCUUCCACACUUCCAGAAGGGCAGAACUACAAAAUCUAUGCAGACAACUAUUUCACCUGCAUCCCAUUGGUAGUUCAGCUCCUUCGUCAUGGAAUUCAUUACGUGGGAACAGCCAGACAGAACCUGUGCAGAAAAUUAAAACGCUGGGACAAAGCCACUAAAACCUACAUUGAAGUUGAGAGGCCUUACAUCAAGGGAACUUACAACAAAUUCAUGGGAGGUGUGGAUUUAUUGGAUUCAUUUGCUGCUGAAUAUAAGUUCUACAUAAAAUCGAAACGGUGGUACCUGUACAUCUUCUGGCACACCAUUGUUCUCGCUGUGAUCAACGCCUGGCUCCUCUACAAGCGAGACUGCAAAGCGCUAAAGAUUUUGCCAAAAGAGAUGCUGAAAAGGAGACAGUUUCUGGCAGAACUAGCAGAUUCUCUUAUCCUGGUGAAAACAACUCCAAUUAAACCAAAGAGAGGGCAACCAUCUUCAGCCGGUGGCAGCCCAGUAACACAGACGGUGACAUUAAGGAGCCCUUUGAAUGCUCACAAGAGACCGUCCUCAGAUGGGAGUGAACCAAACGGGACCCCAGCUAAGAGGCCAUCUGCACACCCCCCGGUGGACGUGCGCAGGGACACGGUUGCACAUUUACCAAUGAAGACAACAAGAGUAUGCUGCAGACUCUGCAAAACUGGCUACACCAAUACUCUAUGCCGCAAGUGCAAUGUUUGUCUUUGUUUUUCGGAGGACAAGAACUGUCUUUGGGACUACCAUACCUGA